AUGGCGGGCGCGCGGGACGCGGGGCGCGCGGCGGCGACGGGGGCGCGGCCUGGGAAGCGGCGGCGGGGGCCGGAGCCGGAGCCGGAGCCGGAGCCGGAGCCGGAGGAGCCGUCUCUGGCCUGUGCUGCUGCUCCCAGCCUCCGGGAUGACGGCGACUCCGGCCUGUCUGAAAGCGAGGAGAGUGUGUUCUCAGGCCUGGAAGACUCCGGCAGCGACAGUAGUGAGGACGACCCAGCAGAGGGAGAGGAUGGGGUCAGCAGUGAUGAGGGCCACGGCGGGACGGAGAAGACCAGCGGACAGCAGGUGCAGGCCGGGAGCCCUCCCCCAAGGACGGAGGUGGCAAGCGUGCAGGGCCGGGACGAGUAUGCAGAGGACAGCUCCGAUGAGGAGGACAUCCGGAACACGGUGGGCAACGUGCCCCUGGCGUGGUACGAUGACUUCCCCCACGUGGGCUAUGACCUGGACGGCAGGCGCAUCUACAAGCCGCUGCGGACCCGUGACGAGCUGGACCAGUUUCUGGACAAGAUGGAUGACCCCGAUUACUGGUGCGCAGCCUCGGGCCGGGGCCAGGGGGGGCGGGGCGGGGGGCUCCGGGCUCGGCUCUGAUCGGACCCCCCAGAGUUUGGGGACGGGAGCUGCGACCCGUACGAGCCGGCCGUGGACUUCUUCAGCGGCGACCUGAUGCUGCACCCAGUGACCAACCGACCCGCCGACAAGCGCAGCUUCAUCCCGUCCCUGGUGGAGAAGGAGAAGGUCUCUCGUAUGGUGCACGCCAUCAAGAUGGGCUGGAUUCAGCCGCGCCGGCCCCGGGACCACACGCCCCGCUUCUACGACCUCUGGGCACGGGAGGACCCGGACGCCGUGCUGGGCCGGCAUAAAAUGCAUGUGCCCGCGCCGAAGCUGGCCCUGCCCGGCCACGCAGAGUCCUACAAUCCGCCCCCCGAGUACCUGCCCAGCGAAGAGGAGCGCCUGGCGUGGGAGCAGCAGGAGCCGGGCGAGAGGAAGCUCAACUUCUUGCCCCGCAAGUUCCCGAGCCUGCGGGCCGUGCCCGCGUACGGACGGUUUAUCCAGGAGCGCUUCGAGCGCUGCCUCGACCUCUACCUGUGCCCGCGGCAGCGCAAGAUGCGGGUGAACGUGGACCCUGAAGACCUCAUCCCGAAACUGCCCCGGCCGCGGGACCUGCAGCCUUUCCCCACGUGCCAGGCCCUGGUCUAUAGGGGCCACAGCAACCUUGUCCGUUGCCUCAGUGUCUCCCCGGAUGGCCAGUGGCUGGCUUCAGGCUCCGACGACGGCUCGGUGCGGCUCUGGGAGGUGGCCACUGCCCGCUGCAUGAGGACUGUGCCCGUGGGGGGCGUGGUGAAGAGCGUCGCCUGGAACCCUCGCCCCACCAUCUGCUUAGUGGCCGUGGCGGUGGAGGACUCAGUGCUGCUGUUGAACCCGGCCCUGGGGGACCGGCUGGUGGCGGGCAGCACGGACCAGCUGCUGAGCGCCUUCGUGCCCCCCGAGGAGCCCGCGGCGCAGCCCGCCCGCUGGCUCGAGGCCUCGGAGGAGGAGCGCCAGGGGGGCCUGCGGCUGCGCAUCUGCCACGGGAAGCCCGUGACCCAGGUGACCUGGCACGGGCGUGGGGACUACAUGGCCGUGGUGCUGGCAGCCGCGGGGCACACGCAGGUGCUGAUCCACCAGCUGAGCCGGCGCCGCAGCCAGAGCCCCUUCCGGCGUAGCCACGGGCACGUGCAGCGUGUGGCCUUCCACCCCCUGCGACCCUUCCUGCUGGUGGCUUCCCAGCGUGCUGUCCGCCUGUACCACCUGCUGCGCCAGGAGCUCACCAAGAAGCUCCGGCCCAACUGCAAGUGGGUGUCCAGCCUGGCCGUGCACCCUGCAGGAGACAACGUCAUCUGUGGCAGCUACGACAGCAAGCUCGUGUGGUUUGACCUGGACCUUUCCUGCGAGCCGUACAGGGUGCUGAGGCACCACAAGAAGGCCCUCAGGGCCGUGGCCUUCCACACCCGGUACCCACUGUUCGCGUCUGGCUCCGACGACGGGAGUGUCACCGUGUGCCACGGGAUGGUGUACAACGACCUGCUGCAGAAUCCGCUGCUGGUGCCGGUGAAGGUGCUGCGGGGGCACGUGCCGACCCGAGACCUGGGGGUCCUGGAUGUGGCCUUCCACCCCACCCAGCCGUGGGUCUUCUCCUCAGGGGCCGAUGGCACCAUCCGCCUGUUCAGCUAGGCCGUCCGCGGGGCACGUGUGUGCUCAGGACCCUCAAUACAAGUGUUCCCCCACCCA